AAAAGGACCAGUCCGAAGCUUAUAAGAAGCGUGACCCGCCAAGCCCUAAUCAGCCCCAGCCAAACAGAACAGAUGGCAUCAUGGAAAGUUUAAAGAUAAAUGUACAUGUACGUAUCUGACAAUUUUUAAUUUACUCUCCAUCUCAACCUCUGCCUCUAAUACCUCUUCGGCUUUUCUUUCAAUAAUAUAGACAUUUCCUUUUUGUUUUACUUUUAAUUCAAUUCAGCGCUUUAGAUCUUCUUGUCUGUUUUAUUGUUCAAUCCCAUUCGCUAUUUGCCAUUCGCCUUUCGAUGAGUCCAUUCUUCGUCGCGCCAAACAGACACACGCAUCGAGUUCAAUUCCAACAGCUGUUCAACCAAAAUGGCGCGCCAAAAACAAAAGGUUCCUUUACAACGAACUCCUUCGUCUGGAGUUAUGAAUGCGCCUCCAGAUCUCCCGGAACAUCGUACGCGGCAAACCAACUGUGUCACACCAGGCAAAACUCUCUCCGAAACCGCCGCAAAAUCAUCAGCGGCCGGUAGCCAUCAUUCGGACUACCCCAGCCUUCUUCGAUUAGUUAUAUGUGUAGGGGGAAUAUAUGCGUCAUUUUUGUCUUGGGGAGUUCUUCAGGAAGCCAUCACCACUACUUCAUAUCCCCUCUACGCUCCGACCCCAGAUGAUCCCAACCCGCCAAAGGAACGGUGGACAUAUUCAGUCGUCCUGAAUACGAUCCAGUCAUUUUUCGCUGCCAUCACAGGCUUCAUGUACCUCUAUUUUUCCACUCCACGAGGCCAAAAACUUCCAGCGGUCUUCCCAACAACUCGCAUCCUCUUCCCCCUUAUUCUCAUUAGCGUAUCCUCAUCCCUCGCAUCGCCCUUUGGCUACGCCAGUCUUGGACACAUCGACUACCUUACCUUCAUCCUUGCGAAAUCCUGCAAGCUUCUCCCAGUAAUGUUCCUCCAUCUCACCAUCUUCCGCAAACGCUAUCCCCUGUACAAAUACGGCGUCAUUCUUCUCGUAACCAUUGGCGUCGCGACGUUCACCCUCCACCACCCCACCUCCAGCAAGAAGAAAAACAGCCGUAAUAGUAAUGAAAACGGCUCCUCUCUCUACGGCCUCUUCCUCCUAUCCGUGAACCUACUCCUAGACGGCCUCACAAACACAACCCAAGACCACAUAUUUUCCUCUCCGAAGCUGUACUCGCGCUUCACCGGCCCGCAGAUGAUGGUGGCCCAGAACCUGCUUUGCACACUCCUAACAAUCACCUACCUCCUCGUCACUCCACACCUCUCAACCUCAAUCCUCCCCCUGAUGCCCCUCCCUAUCGACCUAUCGCAGACCUCCGAGCUAUCUUCCGCCCUUGCAUUUCUAUCCCGCCACCCAACCGCAACAAAGGACGUAAUCGCCUUUGCUGCCUGCGGUGCGGUUGGACAAUUAUUCAUAUUCCAUACUCUCGCGCAUUUCUCUUCCCUACUACUUGUCACCGUUACAGUUACGAGGAAGAUGCUUACGAUGGUGUUGAGUGUGAUGUGGUUCGGCCACCGGCUGAGCGGGGGCCAGUGGAUAGGUGUUGGGCUGGUCUUUGGCGGCAUUGGGGCGGAGGGAUUGAUGCAGAAGAGGGAGAAGGCUAAGAAAUUGGCAGCGAAGGAGAAGGAGAAGAUGAAUGGCAGUAAUAUGAGUGGUAAGGGGGAGAAGGAGUUGUAAAGGCUUGGCGAGGUCUAUGCAUAUAUAUCCAUUCACGAUAUAUAAAAAAAUAUAUUGAAAUAUGGGCAAAGUAGUGGUGCUUUGUCAUAUUUCUUCAUUUUCUGUAUUAUAUAUGGUGGCGGCGUUAAUUUAUUUCGGACACUUUGGAGAGUCUCUUUGAAGCAUUUAUAUAUCCAUCUCAUGACUUGCGCCCUCAUUCCUAUCCCUUACCGAAUGCGCCUUUCAUUAAGUGCCCCUUUUCACGGCUCAGGGGCCACAAUGAGCCCAAUGAUGACAGCUAACAGGCAUAUUUACUGAACGUUAUACCUCAUUAACACUUGAUCUUGUAACACUAGAAAUUCGAUAGCAUAGAUAGUCAAAAUACAGAGUGUACUCAUAUUCUUCACUAGAAUAUUGCCUGA